GGCCAUUCUUUGCUCAUGGCCGUGCGAGAAGAUGUGCAUGCAUUUUUCAGCCCGUGCUUCGCUGAAUCGUCACUCGGCGCGGCCUCAAUACCACUAUAAAGUUGCUGCUCGCCACAGUCCAGCCGCACCCUAGCAUCGACGGACUUCCUCAUACGCUAUUGUGUAAUUGGCAAGUCUCUCGAACAUCGCCUCUCGCCCUGAUGUCAUCUUGCCAAACAUCUCAUCCAGGACCAACGCCUCUGCUUCUCCCUCGAAAACUUUGGAAGACAUGGCCAGACCGCAUUCGACAUUUUACACCGAUAUGGUUCGCAGUAGUCAUGGGCACUGGUGCCGUGUCAGCCCUGCUGAACAACUUCCCGUAUGGGCAAGACAAUGACAACUUCAGGAUCGCUGGCUGUGUCUGGUUCAUUCUCAAUCUUGCCAUAUUCAUCUUCGCAUGUGUGUGUUCUCUGCUACGAUAUAUCAUGUAUCCAGAGAUGUUCUGGCUGAUGCUCGGCCACACGUCACAAAGUCUUUACAUCGGCUGCUUCCCCAUGGGUAUCACGACAUUAAUCAACUCUGCCCUGGCACUGAACCAGAACUGGGGAUUUGGAGGCAAGGGCUUCUUGUAUGUGUUAUGGGGCUGCUGGUGGAUUGACUCUGCCAUCUCCUAUCUCAUCGCAUUCGGAAUGCUUUACACAAUGACCGUCCGGCAUGAGCACUCGCUCUCGAAUAUGGCGGCCGUAUGGCUUCUGCCCGUGGUCACUCUAGUCGUCGCGUCGUCUACAGGUGGUCUACUGGCGGCUGCUCUCACCCCGCACUCCCAUACACUCGCAUUGGUCUCGACAGCCUUCUCCUUCGUUAUGGUUGCGAUGGGGGUCUCCUUCGCCCUCAUGAUGAUCACGAUCUACCUCCUCCGCCUCAUAGUCCACAGCGUGCCUGACCCAGGCUUGAUCCUCUCCGCGUUCAUCGUCCUCGGUCCGCUCGGACAGGGCGGCUUCUCCCUGCUCAUCAACGGCACGAACAUCUCCGAGCUCCUCCCGCUGCACAUUGGCCCGGAGUUCCCGGAUUCCGCGCUCGCAGGCCAGAUGAUUUUCGCAGUGUGUUUCUGCGCGGCGUACGCGCUGUGGGCCAUCGGCAUCGCAUGGAUAGUCGUUGCGGUGUGCUCGAUCUACCAUGUUGUCGUGGUGCGCCGGACCAGAAUCUCAUUCAACAUGGGUUACUGGGGCAUGAUUUUCCCGAAUGGCGUCUUUGCGAUGCUGACCAUCGAGCUGUCAAGGGUACUGCAGAGCCCUUUCUUCAGGAUCAUCGGUUCACUCUGGUCCGCGCUGACGUUCCUCAUCUGGGGCUAUGUCUUUCUGCGGAGCAUCCCGCCCUUCAUCGACGGCUCACUCUUCAUGGCGCCCUGUCUCCCGGACGGUCGGACGCGCCAGCAGCUGCUUCCCACCUCACAGAUACACUUGCACGCCCCUCAAGCGCCCUGCUCCCCGGACAUUGUCCCACACUCCCCUCCGCACGGCGAGAAGCUCUACGUGUCUCAUCCUUCCGCGAAGUCUUCCGCGCGUGAAUAUCCAUAA